UGCUAAACUGCUGGUCAAACUUGAUCGAGGUCGAUAAUGUAGAGUCAUUUGUGCACAUCUGCAUUAACAAAAUUUUGUAUGUAUUUCUUUUAUAGAUUUGGAAAUCCUUUUCCAAAAUUAAAUUUAUGUAUUAAUAUCAGCUUAUGAAUUGAAUUUCAUACCAAGAAUUAAAAAAAAUUUUCAGAUUGCUCUUUUUAGACACGAAAUUUUCGUACUCAUUAAACUUUUUUAUUAGAACGCCUAUGCUCAAUCUGAAAGCGUAGUAUUGUUCCUGAAUGUUUGCUCCACUUGGGCCCAGGCUUGAUUUGUGCGUACAAGCGCCUAUGAUUGUUUCACGGAUGCUACCCUGCCUCGAUUUAUCCCGACGAGUUUGUCUGUAUAGGGGAAAUUCGGAUCGUUACACACGUUAAUGAGAUUGACUUUAUGUCUAUUUUGGAGCAAUUAUUACUAUUUGUGAUAUAUAAUAUUUUAUUUAAUUGUUUUAACAAUGCACAUAAUUUUUAAUGCUAUUUAUAUACGUAGUAUCUCUUUUACCUUUGUAACUUUUUUCAUACGAUAAGAAUUAUCACUAAUUGUUGUGUAAUUAGAUCAUACAUAAAAGACUUCUGAUGAGGUUGAAGUUGUUCACAACUUCCAUUAAAGUAUACUUUUAAAAGACAUUUUUGCUUCUAUUAUUAUUUUUUAUAAUAUAUGCAUUAGAACAAAGUUAUAAAUGGUAGCCAUUAUGCAAAUAAUACCAUUUGCGUAUAUGCGCUUGUUAUAGCAAUGUCAAAUUAUCUGCUGUGUGUUAAAAAUGAAGAAUCUUCUAUUUGUCAUACUAAUUUUAUCAGUGGUAAUUAAAAGCUUCAACGUGAAAUUAAAUCUUCUGUACUCAUGGAAAUAUAUUGAUUAUCUUUGGGAGAGUCCACAACAAAAACAAGAAGCAAUAAAUUCCGGCAAUUAUAAAGCUGGUUUGACCUUUUUAGAGUACGUAGAUGAGGCACCAGAUGGUAGACUAUUUCUUACAAUGUACAGACGUAAAGGAGUACCGGUUAGUCUCACGACAGUAAGUAAUGAAAAAGGUGAAGGGGGUUUGCUUCUGCGUCCAUAUCCGGAUUUUUCUUGGCCUACAAGAAAAAACUGCGAAGGCAUUACAGGUGUCUAUGGAAUAGAUAUUAAAUGUAAUCACAUCUUUGUUAUGGAUUGUGGACAAAUUGAAAACGAACAAGUUUGUCCUCCGCAAGUAUUGAUUUUCGACUUAUCAACUGAUCAGCUGGUUAAACGUAUUAUCUUCCCAUCUAACGUCGCUAAGAACAGAAAUGACAUUAAUGGAACUUUUACAACAAUUCUUGCUGUUGCUUCUCAUUGUAAAAAUAUAAAAGAUAACGCAGUUAUGCUUAUGACUGAUGGCGGAACAAAUGGUUUAGCGGUGUAUAAUUUGUAUACCUCGAAAUUCUGUAGAGUUGAAACUGAAUUUAUGAAACCGACUAAUACGACUUUUACCAUAGAAAACAUAACUUAUAAUUGUCAGGAAGGUGUCAUGCACUUAACGAUCUUUGAUAAAGGCAAGUACUCUUUUCUCAUUAAUUAAAUGUUUCCUAACAAGAAAAUUGUUUCAAUCAUUAAAAAAGUUUUCAAUCAUUAAAAAAGUAA